AUGAAGGAAAAGAUUAUGCUGAAGGCUCGUACUUACUCCACAUGGCUAUUCAGGUUGGUGGAAGUGACCAUUUAUCAGGACUUAUCGCUGUGGACUCUGGAUGCAAGAUGGGCCUUAAAACCAGUGACCAGUGACCAGAGGGACACUGUAGCUAUGUGGUUUUCUUUCAGCAUGUCUGUGCACAGAAAUAAUGUGACCCACACUCUCAAGUGGUCUGAAGAUCUGCUGGCUUUCCUGCAGGGUCUGGAUCUCCUAGGAAACUCAGUUCGGUCCAGGCUUUUACGUUUUUGCUCGUACAAUGUUCACAGACGUAAUGUCCCAGAGUGGAGUUCUCGCUUAGUUAGGGAAUUGUGGGCAAGUAGGAUUUCCAUAGUGUUUUUCCAGGAGACACAUUAUAGAGAAGAUGCACAUCCAGUGUUGUCAGACUCUUGCUUUCUUUUGAGCUAUUUCUCUCACAGUUCAAUGGCUAAAUAUGCUGGGGUGGUAAUUUUGAUCGCUUGGGACAUUCCCUUCAUUCUUGGUGAAUUUCAGAGGAUCCAGCAGCUGGAGAUAUUUAGAGAGGGGAUGCUGUUGGUGGAAGGGGAUUUAAAUGCCCGACUGCCCUCACUGAUGGAUUCUUCUAGGGGAUGCUAUGCACUCUUUGAAGCUCUCCUUACACAGAUUAGGGCUGGUUGGCAGUCCAAGGAUCCGAAGGGCAGAGAUUUCUCCUUCUUUUUGCAAGUGCAUUCAACCUAUAGUCAUAUUGAUUAUGCAUUUGUUGCACGAGAAUAA